AUGUCGGCUGCCUGUGAGCGUACAGCCGAUGGAGCAGGCGACGACACGUCCCUGUUAUCCCGUCCGUUCGAAACAUUGACGCAAAUGGACGAUAUUCGGAAAAGCUUACGAUUGCUUGACGAAGAGGAAACCCGCAUCGACAAGUCGCUCGAUGACAUGCUGGCGCAAGAAGCCGAACUGGAGGAUGUUCUUGGUAUACUGGAUGUUUUGAGACCGCAGCUGGGCAACUUGAAGAUUGAAGCGUCGCAUCUCGUCAACACUAUUCAGGACACCUCGCAUUUAGCCGAAAACAUUAGUGACAAAGUUCGCAAAUUGGAUCAGGAACAGUCCAGAACCAAGGAAGCCAUUCAGUUCGUGGAAGGCGUACAAGAACUCAAACACUGUGUAGCCGGGAUUCAGUACGCGAUCCAACGCAAAAAUUAUGACGAAGCUGCCUCACUACUACAGCGAGCCUCCCGUAUCGAUAACACCAUUCUAAACAGUUCUCUUGCCGAAUUUACUACAGUACGUUGA